AUGUGGGAGGAAGGAGCCAACGCUACCUUGGGUGCAAAGCUCUUCGCAGAACAAGGCGAUGCCAACCAGCUUGACGUGGAGUCAGUGCAGGGCUAUGACGACAUCCUCGACAGUUUUGUGGCGCCUCCAGUAAGCAAAGGUGUUGGCCAGACAUCCACGAUUGUCAUUUUGGAUGGACAUAGCUCCAAGCUGUCUUUUAUGAUGAGGAUUAUCCCCAGCCCUGACUGGUUUAUUGGCGUCAACAGUUUGGACCUGUGUGCGCACGGGAGAUGGAAAAACAAAGUUCACCUAGACCUGACUCCAUUUGAUGCUGGAACCGAUCAAGGAUUAACUUUCACUGCUCCCAACUGGCCAAACACUCCCCAGAUGCCAAUAUCAGCCAUUACAUCAUCUUUGCCUGACCACCCAGCUAGUUCCUUCUUCUAUCCAGAAUUUACGAACCUUCCCCGCCUGGCAUACCUGGAGCUGGAUAUUGUCUCAGAGUAUAGACACCGAGAGACUUUCAUGAAGGUUCUCCAUCAUUUCAAUGCCACUGAGAAGCCUGAAUCCAGCGAUGAAAGGAAACUUAAGGACAAUGAUGUAUCGACCACCACGGUCAAAAUGGACAGUAAAUUGUCGCCAUUCUCAGUUAUCUUCAAUAAAGUGGCCGAAAGGGCGUCCAAAAAUCACAAUGAUAACAAUCCUGCGACUGAAGGCAUCUCCUCUCAUUUUGAACCACCGGGUCACUCUAACAGGAGUUCGAUCAAGAACAAAGAGGACAAUGUAAUAACACUUAACAAUAGCCAUUUGACAACCAACCAUGACAAUAACGACGAAAUAAAUGCGGACGGGAACAAGAAAGAAGUACACAAGUCCACCACCAGAAAGGUAGACACUGAGAGAGAUCCUACUUUCGAUACAGAGCUUAAACCAGCCUUAGACUCACGCUUUGGGGCCGCGUCUAUUGACUGCGAAGUCAGUGAAUGGUCAGAGUGGAGUGAGUGCAGCCAGUCAUGUGGCUUUGGUCAAAUGGAGAGAGUUCGUGGCGUCUCAGUCUACCCACAGAGCGGAGGCGCCAACUGUCCACGACUCACAGAGACAAGUUUGUGUGGCAGUAUGAGGAACUGCCAGUGGACUCCCUUCACUUUCCUUUCACCAAACGCUACCAAAAGACAGAUGAGAGAAGGACGAAACAGACGUCCGCGGGUUCAGGCACAGAAGCUUUUGGAAACGCGUCAUUAA